AUGUCUUCUCUCCAAUCAGCUACUGCACUGCUUCACCACGCGGGAUCCGCAACUGCCGGCGCUAGUAACGCUGUGGCCACUAGUAGCGCCGCGAUUCGCGCCGGGAAAUCCGCACACGAUUCGUCGAUUUCCUUGCCAUCAAGCUUCCUUCCUCGCCUCGAUUCGACGCUCACCACCACCACUUCCUCCACCUCAUAUUCGUCACUCCCUUCCCCUUCUCUUAUCGCCGUCCGAUCGGCAUCUGCGAGUGCGGCGGGACCCGCCGCAAUUUCCGGCGGCCAAUCACAGAACGGUGCCGUCCGGGACCGGGUGAUCGCGAUCCCGGAUCUCGAGGAGGAUUUCGCGCCGGAGGUGAACGGGACGUACGGGAAGGGCGGCAGCGCGGAGGACGAUGCGGCCGCCGUACGCGGCGGAUUAAUCGACGGCGGGCUCGUGUACAGGGAGCGGUUCGUCAUCCGGUGCUACGAAGUCGGCGUUAAUCGAAAGGCUUCUAUGGAGACCAUCGCGAAUCUGCUGCAGGAAAUAGGGUGCAACCACGCGCAGAGCGUGGGGUUCUCCAAUGACGGUUUCGCCACCACGCCAGCGAUGCUUGCGAAUCGCCUCAUCUGGGUUACCACUCGCAUGCACAUCGAGAUGUACAAGUAUCCCAAAUGGGGUGACGUGGUGGAGAUUGACACGUGGUUCCAGGAUGGCACCAUCAUGUCGCGCCGUGAUUGGAUCAUCCGCUUCGGCCACACAGGGGAGGUCAUCGGUCGAGGCACCAGUUCAUGGGCCAUGAUGAAUCGCGACACAAGGCGCCUCUCCAAGGUGCCUGCUGACGUGCGCGCCGAGCUCACAGUGCAUUGCCCCAACCCUGAGAGGUUCUCUAUUCCAAAGAGCAGCGUUGCGAAAAUCAACAAACUGGAAGAGCCAGCAGACCACGUGCGGCCAUACCUCCGGCCUAGGCGCAGCGAUUUGGACAUGAAUCAUCACGUCAACAACGUCACUUACAUUGCAUGGAUGCUUGAGAGCCUGCCGCAGUCCCUCUUGGGAUCAUAUGAGCUGGCUGAAAUCACCAUUGAUUAUCGCCGGGAGUGCGGGCAGGACGACGUGGUUGAGACACUUGCCAAGAAAAUCGUUUCGCCUGAUAUUUCACCUGAAGUUUCACCUGGGGAGGGUGCAGCUGAGAAGGUGGUGUCCUGUGCUGGUGCUACUGCUGCAGCUGCUUCUGUUGCUGGUAGCAGUGGUGGGAGUGUGAAUGGGACUGCUGUGCUGGAAAUGGAAAGAGGAAAUGGGAGUGUCGCUGCUGUUGCUGCUGUUGCUGCUGCUGUCGCUGCUGCUGCUGCUGUUGCUGCUGUUGCUGCUGCUGCUGCUGCUGCUGCUGGGGCUGCCCCUGCUGCUGCUGCUGCUGGGGCUGAGGGGUUGGUGGAAGGCGUUCAGCAGCAGCAGAUGCAGCAAUUUCUGCACCUGUUGCGAUCGCAGGAGUGCAAAAAGGAAAUCAACAAGGGAAGGACGAUCUGGAGGAAAAAGAGCCACUCAGACCUCAACGAGGCUCUGCUGGCCACUUCUGAGUCGACUCAAAAGUCACCUCUUCCGCAACUGUCCCUUUUGUGCCUCCCUGUUGCCGAGCCUGCAAGGUUCCCCGCCGCACCUGAUGCCCUCCCUGCAGUGCCAACCGCCGCGCUUGCAGUAGUGCCGACCAAGCCAGCUGCCGAACCAGAUGAGUUGCUGACCAAUCCGGCUGCCGAGCCUGCAAGCCUCCCAGCAGAGCCUGCCGCCUUACCUGCAGUGCCAGCGGUGGAGCCUGCAAUGGUGCUGACCAACCCUGCUGCCGAACCUGCCACCUUCCCUGCAGUUCCAACCGCCGAGCCUGUAGCAUUGGUUGCCAAGCCUGCUGCCGAGCUUGCAAGAUUGCCUGCGGAUCCUGCUGCCUUUCCUGCAGUUCCGAUUGCCAAACCUGCAAGGUUGGUUGCCAAGCCGGCUGCCGAGCCUGCGAGGUUCCCUGCAGAUCCUCCCACCUUUCCUGCAGCGCCCACAGCUGAACCUGCAGCGCUGCCCACCAAGCCUACUCCCGAACCUGCAAGGCUUCCCACCGAACCUGCCGCCUUCCCUGCAGUUCCUACCGCCGAACCUGCAACACUACCCACCAAGCCUGCCGCCGAGCCUGCCACCUUCCCCGCAGAGCCUGCCACACUCCCCGCUGCCCUCCCCACACCAAAAACAUCUCCGGCGACAUCCGAAAUCAACCCAGCUGGAGCCACAUUGAGGUUUGGCGAGCCUCCAAAACUGGCUCGGGCGCCUGCCGAGCCUAUGUUGGCACCCGCACCGGCGGCCAAACCAGUCGAGGCAGUGAUGGGAGUGGAGGAGAGGGGGCCUCUGGUGCAGGGGUUGCGAGGGAGGAUGGCUGGAGGAGUGGAGGGCUGCAGGGCUAUGCCCUGUGCUCUGAUCUUGUAG